AUGGAGGUUGCCCCACAAGCCAAGAACAUGUUCUCCUUUCCCAGAACAACCCCCCAGCUCCACGCUCAUGCCAUGAAGGUCUUCAAGUUGAUGUGUGAAUCGGCUGCGAUCGUGGGUUCGGCUAUGAAGCACUUGGGCUCCGUUCAUCUGAAGAUGGGAGUCACCGACUACCACUUUGACAUCUGUUAUAUACGCUUUGGCUUUGUCUUUCUCGGAUUGAAUUUGCUUGAUGUCUUGCUUAUAUCGAUCGCAUUUGCGCCGAGGAGUUCGAGCUUCAGCGAUCUUUUGCUGGUGGAAAGUUGGAGCGAACUACCUCUGAGAGUCGAUGACUCGGAGGAUAUGUUGGUGUAUGGUGCUUUGAGCGAUGCACUCAGUUCUGGGUGGGUGAUGCCUUCGGCUUCGAAUCAAGAACUUGAUUUCGAAACGAGGACUGUUGAUAACGACGGCAUUGGUAUGGAGGUGCAGACGAGACCGGAGAUGGUGAAGCGCGAGAUGAAAGCGCCAAUCAGGAUGACGCAUUACAGAGGAGUCCGGAGGCGGCCAUGGGGAAAAUAUGCAGCGGAGAUAAGAGACCCCAAGAAGAACGGGGCGAGGAUUUGGCUGGGGACUUACGAGCUGCCUGAGGACGCAGCAUUGGCCUAUGACCGGGCCGCUUUCAAGAUGAGAGGGUCGAAGGCCAAGCUCAACUUCCCUCACCUUAUCGGCUCGGUCGAGUAUGAGCCCGUGAGGGUCAGCUCCAAGCGUCGGUCCGCUGAGCCUAGCUCGCCGUCCAGCGAUGACGGGUCGACUGGGACGAAGAGGCGAAAGAGAGAGGUCGAUUCAGAUGCUGAGGUGGAGUUUGGAUCUCCAACCCCUUUCCCCAUUCUGGAUCUGGGCUUGUUAGGUGUGGACGAACGAUUUUUAUUUUGAUUGUACAUACUGUCAAGACAUUAUUUUCUUCA